AGCACCUAAUCAUGAAGUUAAAUGGGUCAACAAAUACACUGAACUUCCUUCUACUUGGUUGUUUAGUUUGGCGUAAAAUAUUUUAUUAGUUUUUCCUAUCCAGGGGUACAGUAUGAACAAUGGAGGUCCAUCAGCAUUCAACUUAAGGCAAUUAGAAAACAAUGAGAACUGACAAAUUAGAAUCAAUCAAAUUCACAGAGUUGUAACUAGACCUUAAUUGGUCAGUUACUUAAUUUUAGUUAAUUGAAGUUAUAGACGUUCAACUGAAAGGUAAGUUAUUCAUAUCUUUUAGAUCGUGAGGAGCUCAUUACUGAGCAUGCUAUUGCUUGGAAUCAAAGAAAAAUCAAUGGCAUGGCACAGAGUCUGUCAAGACGUAACACAUGGGCCGUAAAAAUGAAACCUGAAUCGCAAAAAGAUUUUGAUGACGUUCUAGACAGGAAUAAUGUAUCACUGGAUAACUGUAAGCCUGAUGAGUGGAAGAGUAUUGUUGUUAAUCAUCAUGCACAUGAGGUGGAAGCCUUGCAAGGCAAGGGCAGUGGUAUACUGCAGAUUCAAGAUGAGGUUGAAAUGUUGGUUUCUGCCAUUCAACAGACCACUCAUUCAAUAAGCAGACUAGCAGACUCGUCCAAACAGCGUGCACACCUCCGAAAAAAGAUUUCUUCAAACAAGAAUAAGCUGUCUUCCCUAAUAGAUAAGUACAAUCAAGAGAAAGAAGGCAAUGAAGCUUUGCAAGCCACUGUCUCUGAAGUUAUGAAGGGGAAUUUCCCAUGGGGAAACACAACAGAUCCUGAAAGCAGUUCAGACAUACCACGCGACAACAACGAAGCAUCUUUGCAACCUGAGAUGGAAGAAAAUGAGAUGAAGUACAGAAGUAGUUCAAUGAGUGCUGUGGUUCUUGAAGGAAAGUUGAGUUGUGCCAAAAGGGGAAUUGCCUUUUGCAAGAGUCACAUUUGUUCUGCAGCUACCAAGUUCAAAGCUGCAUUAAGUGGUAGUGACUACGAGGAAUGUCUGCCUUUGGAAGAGGGUGCAGAAAAUGAUGAUGACGUUGACGUUGACGACGGCACGUACGACAGCACUGGUGAUUGUUCUGAAGAUGAAAUCACCUUUAAUUACAAAAACGCACCAGGUGCGGGAAAUAACGUUGUGGUACUUGGUGAAGGAAUUCCCCAUUGCGAUACAUUUUCAUGGAAAUUUCCUGUCGAAAGUAGCCAGUCAACGCUCGACGGCAGAAACGGCAGUUCGGCUUGUAGUGUAAUAGCUUUGAUCUUUGCUUAUGGAGUGUGCAUGAGCGGCUCGAUCUCCAACCUAUGUGUGAACUGUCUCCUCUGUGGAUUAUGUUACUCUGUGCAUCAAUCAGGGUGGGAAACCGCCUUUAUGACCGCUGUCGACACAGCCUACCUCAGCGUUUUCUUUCAGCCUCAGAGGCAGCCACUGUCGCAGAACAAUGUUUGGGUGUGCAUUCGCCCUUAGCUAUACGAGUUUGUAAUGACCAUGCUCCUACAACUCUAGUGCACCAGUUAUCAGCACUGUGUGAUGGCUUCCACGGAAAUGCAGCUCUACUUAUAGCCA